CGUCAACAACCUCGAGGUUGCGUCCCAUCCCGAGCUCCGAGCAAGUGCAGCUCCCCCGGCCAUGGCGGCGGCGGCGCAGAGGCUCCUCUUGGCGAGCACGAAGAUCGUCGCGGUCGGGCGCAACUACGUGGCCCACGCCAAGGAGCUCGGCAACCCAGUCCCCAAGGAGCCGGUGCUGUUCCUGAAGCCGACCUCGUCCUUCCUCCACGCGGGCGUGGCCACCGCCGCCGUCGAGGUGCCCGAGCCGCUCGAGUCGCUGCACCACGAGGUCGAGCUCGCCGUCGUCAUCUCCCGCCGCGCGCGCGAUGUACCCGAGGCCUCCGCCAUGGACUUCGUUGGAGGGUAUGCGCUUGCUUUGGACAUGACAGCAAGGGACCUUCAAUCGGUCGCUAAGUCUGCAGGUCUUCCUUGGACUUUGGCUAAAGCACAGGAUACCUUCACUCCAAUUAGUGCAGUGGUUCCAAAAUCAGCUAUCCCUAAUCCUGAUGAUCUAGAGCUGUGGCUAAAGGUGGAUGAUGAACUUAAGCAGAAAGGGCCUACAAGUGAUAUGAUAUUCAAGGUUCCUUUUCUAAUCAGUUAUAUCAGUUCAAUCAUGACAUUGAUGGAGGGUGAUGUGAUAUUAACCGGUACACCUGAGGGUGUAGGCCCUGUCCGAAUAGGACAGAAGAUCAAAGCUGGUAUAACUGGCAUCAUUGAGGCCGAAUUUGAUGUUCAGAGGCGCAGCCGGACAUUUUCUGCCUGAUGUAACAACGUAGAAACUAUGGGAAAAUAACAUUGGAUCAGAUUGUCCACUAGUGAUGUCUGCAAGUUAAACUGCAAAUCAACUGUUUUGCAGCGCCAUUCCUGAGUUACCACCACUGUAUCCAGCAAAC